AUGAUUGUCGAACCCGACCACGUGAGGGAGAGCCCAAGAUGUCUGUCGCGGGAAUCGUCGGGUGCGCCACGCUGUCCCUCCAAUGACUCGGUGUACUCAAGUCGUAGCGGGGCGGGCAUUCCCCUCCCUGCAGCGCUGACCGCUGCGUUGCCCGCUGCGCUGCUGCCCCCGCACUCAGCUGCCGUUGCAGCUUAUCUCGGUGCUGCAGCCGCAGCAGCUGCACAACAGCGACUUCUCAUGUCCUGCCAGGAAGACAUGACAGAUUCGGAACGAGCCGACGCAGUACUCGACUUCAGCACUAAGCGCUGCGAUUCACCUCAAGAUGAUGAAGAUCCGGAUGAUGCUGUCAAUCUCAGUAAAAAUGAGAACGGUCCACUUGACUUGUCCGUUGGAACGAGAAAACGGGGGCCAGAGGACUCACCCUCGCCCGUCCCGUCCAGAAAAAACUCGAGGACUGUGGAUUUCAAACCCACUCCGUCACCAUGGUCGACGCCCGUAGCGCCUCAUCUACCGUAUUUUGCAGCUGCAGUUGCAGCUGCUGGUCUGUCCCCUAAAGGGAGCAUCCCUGCUGACUGGAACGGCAAACUUAAACACGGUACGCCUACACCGAGUGACGCCACCAAAGCAUUAGAAAAGAUGAGCGAAUUGAGCAGACUUGGAGGCGAGGAGCUUUUCCGAUCAGUGCAAAGUGCCGCUCUCGGAGCUGGGUUAGCACCAAACGCUGCUGCACGCCACUCAGCAUGGCAAUCCCAUUGGCUAAACAAGGGAGCUGACCAAACUAAAGACGUCCUUAAAUGUGUCUGGUGUAAGAAAAGUUUCAACUCACUUGCCGACCUAACUGUGCACAUGAAAGAAGCAAAGCACUGCGGGGUCAAUGUUCCCGUACCUCCACCUACCGGUGCUCCAUUACCGCCUUCUUUACAACCACCCUCUAGCUCGCCAUCCACUCCAUCACAUAACUCGUCAUCCUCCAGCGGUUCGUCAAAACCGAACCAAAAUGAUCUGAACAUGCUAAUUAAGGAAAACAUGCCCAUUCCUAGAAAACUUGUCCGUGGUCAAGAUGUAUGGCUAGGUAAGGGUGCUGAGCAGACCAGACAAAUUUUAAAAUGUAUGUGGUGUGCGGAGAGUUUCCGUUCACUUGCUGAAAUGACGAGCCAUAUGCAACGAACUCAGCACUAUACUAAUAUAAUUUCACAAGAACAAAUUAUAUCUUGGAAAUCGUCAGAUGACGGGAGCAAGGGGUCCAAUUCCGGCGGUCCUGGUGGUGCUAAUAACACAGUACCCCCUACCACUGGAACUAGUAGUCAUGUUAGCGCAGUUUUAACUUGUAAAGUUUGUGACCAAGCAUUUAGUUCACUGAAGGAAUUGAGUAAUCAUAUGGUUAAAAACUCUCACUACAAGGAACACAUUAUGCGUUCCAUUACUGAAAGUGGGGGUAGACGACGUCAAACACGUGAGAAGCGGAAGAAGUCUUUACCUGUUAGGAAACUUCUUGAAUUGGAAAGAGCACAGCACGAGUUCAAAAAUGGUGAAGGAAACGGUGUACCUAUGGGUAAACAAAUUAGAGAUUUUGGCACUGGAAGCCGAAUCACUUGCGAAAAAUGCGGUGACAAAAUUGAGACUGCAGUGUUCGUCGAACACAUACGACAGUGUAUAGGAGCACCUAUGUCGAAUAGCCAAAGGAACUUUUUGAAGAGCGCUCUGCUAUCUAAUAACAUAAUCCCACCUGAUGUACCCGGCCACGUUACUCCCACCGGUCGAGACGGUCGUAAAAGUAUCAACGAGGAGCUUCCAUCCCCCGGGUCUGGUCAUCAUCGCUCUCCAUCCUCCGUGAACGAUUCCUCCCCGAGUUCCAAAGAUCAUAAUGCGAGUAAUGACAAAAGCUCGUCGCCUUCGGUUCUCAAUGCCAUAGAACAGUUGAUAGAGAAGAGUUUCGAUACCAGGUCGCGUCAUACCGUAUCUGGUAUGCCGGGUGGCGCCACACAUGCCCCCAUCGGUUCUAGUAUCUUAAAGAGAUUAGGCAUAGACGAGAGCGUAGACUAUACAAAACCACUAGUGGAUCCUCAGACUAUGAAUAUGCUAAGAAAUUACCACCACCAGCAAGGGUACGGACGCCGAGAGCGAAGUGGAAGCGAGUCAAGCUCGAUGUCCGAGCGCGGUGGCAGUAGAGUAGAAUCUUUGACUCCUGAUAGAAAGCUAGAUACUUAUCACAUGACUCCUCGCACUACUCCCGAUACGCGCGGCUCUCAGACUCCUGCAUCGGAGGAUCGCCCUUCCGAAGUGAGAAUAAAGAGGGAGGUCGAGGAGGAGGAACGCGAGAACGGGGUGGAUUUGAGCAGUCAGCCAGUUCGCGUAAAAACCGAAGUCGACGAAGAGGAGGAACCUCCCCGACCGAGCAGCACCGCUGACGAAGACGUGAAGCCGGUCGUAGCUAAACGGGAAAGCGAGGGCCCCAGCCCUGCUGCCAGUCCACGAAGUCCUGCCAGUGAUCGCUCUGGAAAUACACCGGGAGCUGAGAGAAAGCCAGCUUCUAGCCUCGGCGCACUGUCGUCCAUGUUUGAUAACCUAGCCGGCGGAGGAUCGUCCAGCGAGCCGAGUUCAUCUCGUCGCGGUGGCAGUCACCCUUUAGCCGCCCUGCAAAAACUAUGCGAUAAAACAGAGACGAACACAUCCCGCGCACCAGCUCCGGCUGCUUCUCCGGCCGGGCCGCCGAGCAUUCUCACAUUUAGCUGGGCGUGCAAUGACGCCGUUGUGACAGACUCUAUAAUGAAGUGCGCUCUGUGCGACACGCCGUUCAUUUCGAAGGGUGCGUACCGGCACCACCUGUCCAAGAUGCACUUCGUGAAGGACGGCGCGCUGCCGGAGCCGGUGCCGCUGAAGGCGGGCGGCGCGUCCCCAGCGGCGCACAAGAGCAGUUCUACGGCUGCGUCGCCGCAGGACCCGCGCAGCCCCUCGCAGUCGUUUGACGAGAGCCCUCACUCCAAGUUCCUCAAGUAUACGGAACUGGCCAAGCAGCUCUCCAGUAAGUACGUGUAG